ACAUCGUUUUAGUUUUGAUUUGCGGUUCUGUGAUAUUAUUUAUUGUAUGAAAUGCGUUAUAAAUGACUUGAUCGGCAUCUUAAAAUGUCAAAACUAAACCAGUUUGCUUCCAUGUAUAUUAUGGGACACUGUUUUGAGUAUCUUACAUCACGGUUAUGACCUUUGUGCAUAAUGAAUGUGAUUAAUGGUGGAAUGAACUAGGAUGGAGCCAGCCAAUAACAUCCUGGCGCACUCGGGGCUGUCGUUUUACCCCUCGAGUGUGACUUCGAGUGGGAUCCUCCCCACAAGCCCCGGGACACAAGACUCUGUACCGCGAUCAGCUCUUACCGUGUCGGGCCAAAACGGAUGGGGAAAUUACUCCAACGACGCCGCUCUUGCUCAUAAUUCUUGCGCUAUGUCGACCUACCAGCUAGGAGCAUCUUUUUCAAUGAACAGUGCCAAAGGACCGUACAAUUCCUUCUCCAGUCAAGAUUAUCUGAACAAUUGUCGUCAGAUGCAGAUAUCAUCUCUUGGAUCUAUGAACUCGCUCCCCAUGAGAAACUAUGCCCCAUUAUACGGCGAUGUUUAUCAACCGGGCCACCCGCCCAGCUAUACAAACGGGGGUUUCUACCCCGAAAUGACGCCGGGCCUUCCCCCUUUACCCGGCCGGGAUCCUCUAAGCUGUCCUAGCGGGCAGUCCGAUUCCUCAGUUCAAGAAACAAAGGGAAGAAAAAAACGGAAGCCAUACACUCGCUAUCAGACGAUGGUUUUGGAAAAUGAAUUUUUAAACAGCUCAUAUAUAACACGGCAAAAGCGAUGGGAAAUUUCUUGUAAGUUACAGUUAUCUGAAAGACAAGUUAAAGUUUGGUUUCAAAAUCGACGAAUGAAACGGAAGAAAUUAAACGAAAGAAAUAAAGCACGUGUACGAGAAGAUCAAGAAAAUAAAGACACUCUCCAAACACAUUCAGCUCAGGGGGAUACACUAUCUGCGCAGGCGUAGGGAUAACAAACACUUCCGGAUGAGCUAUUCUAUAGGAGCGUACACAGAGCUCCAUUUGCCAGAGGAGUUCAGCCAUUGAUCGACUGAAUUAUCUCCCUUUGCUUGGCAACACGGGUGUUUAUCAUGUUGUUCUGUGACAUAACGGAUGUACACUGAUGCCGCUGUGCAUGCCGGGAAGAGACGAACGCCACAAGGUCGAACAGAUGUCCAAGACCACAGCAUAAGUACUUACAGACAUUCUGUGUUACGACAACGUGGCAACCGGAAACAGAACGGCACCGGCGCAGAACCAAUGCGUGCUGGUAUUGGUGACAUAAUACGAAACUGUAGUGAGUGGCUCAGUUCAUCUUUAUUAUAUGAGUAGCCCUAACUUGUGAAUGUCCCGAAGUGAGACAAGAAGAUGUAGAUAUUAGUUGUGAAAGAGUCAAUGUUCUUCAAGAAACUCAGUGGACAUUGACAUUAUAUGGUAACGAAAAGUGGACGUAUUGAAUAUGCGCGAGAUUGUGAUCUCAUCUGUUGACAUUUUCCAGUGAAAACAAACUUUAGUCCACAUAGCCAAUAACACAAAGCCUCAAAGGUCACGUGGUCUGUUUUUUGAGGCAAGAAAACGAACAUUUCCCCUAAAUAUUAGGUUUGGCCUGAGUGUAGAAACAGUCGAAGUAUCAUAAACUGCAUUUGACGUCAUCUCAUCUCACUGCAUACCACUUUACGGCAGUUUCCAAGACUGAGUACGGAUUGUCGUAAAUAUCAUGCCGGUUUACGACAGGCUAAUUGUUAUUGUAACAUUACUCUCUCUGUCCUUUCUGUGUGUUAUGAUUGUGUAAGUGCGUGAGAUUAUCCUCGUUUCAUCACAGUUUUACCAAGACAACACGCUCAUUUAUUUCCAUUGGUGUUUUUAUGAGGCGGUAAGACAUCUGAUAGGUCUGUAGAAAUAACAAAGUGUCCGGUUACGUAAAAGUUUUCAUUUUGUACCACAUGACAUGUCUCAGAUUACUUUUAUUGGUCAGUUCAACAUUUUUUUGUGUUCUCGUUUAGCGGAGUCUACUUAAACACUGUUUCCAACUUUUGACAUAACCUUCUUUAAAAGAGAAAUUUGUUUUUUAAUUUUCAAACAAUAUUUUAAACGUCACCCUCUGAACAUAUUUAAAAUCAUAAAAUUACUAUUUUGAUAUAUUUAUAUUAAAAAAUCCAUGCGUACCAUCUUCCUUAACAAACAUGUUCCUUUAAGGAAAUAUUCUCUUCAUGUAUUUAGUGUUAAACGCAUUCAUUCCUCUUGGUCAGGCAGCUUUAUCCGUGAAUUCAAAUUAAGGAGAGGGUCAAAAUGCUGAUUAUCUCGCCUUGGCUGGUAUACUUCUCUAACAUAUGUAUCAGUAAAAUCAUUUAAUUUGUAUCGUUUUUAAAUUUCUGGUAUUUUGCAAAUAUCUAAGUGCUGAAUGAUAGUGCUAUAGCCAUAACUGUACAUUGAUUUUUAAAAAAGAAAAUUUUAAAAUGUUGAAAAGAAAUUUCUUUUCUCACAUAUUCUAAAAUGUCUAACUGAAGAUAACAUUUGAAACCUAUCGCCACAUAGAAUGUCACGGUACUCAAAACUACACAUUUUACUUUCGUUGGUGAGUGUUUCUUACAUAAUUCUGUUGCUGUACGUCACGAAACUUGAUUAAAGGUGAUUGUAUUACUUUAGAGACAAGUGUUUUUCAGUAGCGACAUUUUGUCUCAGACAACGUGUUUUAUAAAAUAACAAUCGACGUAGAAACACAUUAUAUUCAUGGCGGUAUAAUUACUGCAAUGAAGGUUUUAAUUACUUAGUCUUCGUCAGUUCCCGUAACUUAAGUUUAUGAAGUUGUUUUGUCUGUCUUGAAAUGUUUCGCCUAUUAUUGUCUUUACGUUAUAAGUGCGCCUCACGACAUCAAGACUACAUCAUUAUUACGUCAUUAUUACGUCAUAACAUGUGACCUCGCCAAGUUUAAAAUGAGGAAAAAAUAAAUGUGUUGUUGUA